AUGGACGCACCUGCUUUCCAGCAAAGGCACGAAAGGCAGAGGCCGCAGGCUGAUCAAAGCAGAAAUGGUGAAGACCAGGAUGCGCCUAUAUCAUCGAUGGAUACCAGCUGGAGCAAAGAGAAAGAAGUGCAACGCGCUGUUGAACUAGAGCCAAGGUUACUAUUUACUGGGGAGUCUGCAUCUGCUGAUGGACUGGCAGCGGCAUCUGAACGAGCAUAUGCAUGA